AUGGCCUCAACAAGAUUUCGUCUUAGCUUUCUAGGUGCCCAUGCUCGCCAAGUGAAUCCUGCAGUAUCUCUAUCUCGAACCUUCCAGCAGUUCCGAAAGAAAUCUGAAGCUACUCGUACCACACCCGACUCACCAGAACUUGCCGAACGCAAUCGCUUUUUGGAUCUCCACGCCGAUCAUAAGGACGCAACCCAGCUAUUCGGUAAACUUCUCGACACUGCUGGUUUGGAAAAGGUGCGAGAACACAACAACCAACUAGCCAGUGUUUUUCACUACUCGGACCUGAGCGAAGGAAAGCAAGGAAUAGUCAGCUCGCUCUGGCGGCAUUUUACUGAGGGCAGAAAAGAAUGCCUGGACGUCCUCAAGGAGGUGCUUGAACUCACCGAUGAAGCAGAUGGAGACCAAGUCAAUACCCUGAUCCGGCGGGCUCACUUUGUCCGAUUCCCCGAGCGCGACGCUUCUACAUUGACAGAAGAUCAGAUGCUUGCUGCACUUGACGGUUCCACUGCAUCCGCAGGAGAGAAACUUAAGCCGGCUGACCAAAUCCAGUGGGCUACCGAUAUAGUCCGGCAAGGUUUCGAUGCCGAAUAUCAGAGACACAAUCUGAUUAUAUACGGGCUAGAAGCUUGGAAGAUCGACUAG